CGAUACUUCGUUACCUGUAACCGAAAGCCAUGAGCUCAUCUCACCGACCUCGACCCCAUCUUAAUAUCCCCACUCAAGCAUCUGCGCGUCCGCAAAGCACUCCGUCUUCUGACUACUCGAUUCAAGUGACGCCUCCUGCUUACGAUUCCAGCUACGAAAUAUGGGACGAGUCGCCUUCAUCCGGAACACCUCGAGCGCGCACACAUUCGAUGUUCACCCAUCCGACAUCAAGUCUUCCCAGCCGAUCUGCCAGCGCCUCUGUGGCCGAGCCUUAUAUCCCCUUUCCCGAGCCGCAGAUCUAUCGGUCCGUUUCCGCGAGUGCCUCUCGGCCUUCGCUAGCACAUCGGCACAGCAGGAACAAUGUCGACAUUGCCGCAGAAUUUGGGGUGGACAUGACUCCCAUUGGCUUGCAACGUGAUCCGUCAAUGACUUCGCUUCUGAGUUCGGUGUCGGGCGCGUACUAUUCGAACGACGAUCAUGAUUUCUACGCAUCGGGUUCCGCAGACUCCGAUGCGGACCAGACAGAAGAUGUCAGCCGGGACAUCUCACAUCUUUCGCUUGACUCAGAUGACGGGGUCAGGUUGUUUCAGAACGGAGCCUUAUCCGAAAAGGACGAGGAAUGGCACAAGUUGGUCCCUCCAGAGGCACGCGAUGCAUUAGGAAAGAAGGAGGUUCAGCGACAAUCGGUUAUAUUCGAGGUGUUCAAAGCUGAGCGCGAAUACGUAGCCGAUCUGGAAGCAGUGCAAACGGUUUUCAUCCACCGAUUAAAUUCUGCUACGCCACCCAUCAUUCGAGAGAGCUUCUUGAACAAGUUCAUCGACUCGGUGUUUGGCAAUUUGAAUCAGGUCCUGAUGCAUCACCAGCGAAUGCUUGGUGCUCUGUUUGCGCGACAGAGAGAACAGCAUCCUGUAGUGCAAAGUAUUGCCGAUAUUGUGCUCGAUACGUCUCUCAAGGAGGAUUUCCGGACCAGCUACGAAGUGUACAUCAAAAACUAUCCGCUAGCUGAGUCGCGGCACCGCAAGGAGAUGAGCCAGAACAAAGAUUACCGGGCGUUCGUUCAAUCGGUGUCCACCGAUCCCAGGAUUCGCAAGCGUGACUUGACCACAUUUCUGUCCCGGCCAGUCACCCGAUUACCCAGAUUGAAUCUGCUCCUAGACCAGAUCCUCAAGCUGACGGACGACGCGCACCCGGACAAGGAGAUCUUGCCCAUCAUCCUGGACAUCCUGACAAGUUGUGUUAAGAGCACUCAACCUGGCAUUGAAGCGGCGGAGAACAAGGUUAAGUUCUGGGAAUUUGCUCAGAGUCUUGUUUUCCAGAAAGGGGAGCUGAUCGACAUGGAUCUGUACGCCGAUACGCGUAGUUUGGUGCGAUUAGGGCCGGUCGCAAGGUGGAACAGAACAGAAACUGGUCUGUCGGGCUGGACAGACUUGACUGCUGCGUUGCUGGACAAUUAUUUCCUUCUCACGAAGGAAGAACAACGACCAAACGCACCUCCGAAGCGUUAUCUUGUCUCUCGGCCAAUUCCCUUGUCGUUUCUCCGGCUCGGGUUGUUCAAUUCGCCGGUGGAGAGUCGAAGAGACGGCCUCAAGACGCAUCCCGUUUACCCGUUCAAUGUUUUCCAUGCAGCCAGCCGCUCCCGCCGCUACACACUGCAUGUCUCGAAUGAAGCAGAACGCAAUCGCUGGUACUCGGUUUUCCGUGAAGCUCUGGGACUACACAGAGUUCGGCAGGAUGCAAACAUGUGGUUUGAACCCCAAGUUGUGACUGACAGCUUUUUCCGGGCGCCGACAUCGAAAGUGAAGAACUCUAGACCGACUGGAAGAGUCACAAGCGCAGUCCCCUUCACGAGUGGUGAUCGCAAGUUUGUCGCUGUCGGAUGUUUCUCUGGAGUAUAUGUGGGACACUGGGGAGGGGAAAAAUUCUACAGGGCGCUUUCGACUUCGAAUCCAACCUCUCUCUUUGCGAUCGAAUCAAUCGAGGACCGUCCGUUCCAGCGACUGGUGGUCCUGCACGAUGCAAAUCUAACGUCGUACUCUCUGAUCACCUUGGCACGAGUUGGGUUGGGACAGGCUGACCCGCGAACGCUGCUGUCUUCGAUGGGGAAGAUGGACAGCAGUGGGAAUAUUGUGUUAGCUGAUGUUGUUCAAAUCGGGAGACGUGCUCUAGUGGUUUACGCGUGUCGGCGUCUUUUCCAAACAUCACUCGAUCUGCAUGUGCUGGAGGGUGCAAGCAGUCCAGGAGAGAUGUCACCCCGCUCUGGUGCUCCUACGCACUUCAGAAGAUUUGGAGAGCCGGGCUUCAUUGCGAAGGAUGCACAUGGGAUCACUGCUCUAACCAAAACGAUUGCGAUUGCAACCCACGACCGGAUCGUCAUUCUCGAUCCCGUGAAUCUGUCGCGGUCGGCCAUCACAUUAGUGCCUGAUUUCGAUGCGCAGCGGAAUUCUGCAAGCAGUGCUGAUAUCCACAACUUGAAGAAACGACUCGAUGGUGCUAAGCCACUGGGGAUUGUGCGAUGCAGUGCUACGGAGUUGCUGGUUGUCUAUGACUCGAUGGGAUGUUACGUCUCACGUCACGGUGUGCCUAGCCGCAGUGGUGGGUACAUCCGUUGGGAGUGCAAGGCCACCUCGUUUGCGUCACAAGGGGUGCACGUUCUCCUCGUUUCGUCUGGAUUCAUCGAGAUCCGCAACAUCCUCACAGGAUUGCUCGUCCAAGUCGUCGAAGGUCACGAUAUUCGGCUGCUGCAUUCGUCAGACGCUGCUAUCCUAUUGGCCGUGCGAGGGGACCAAGACGACGAACGGGGACUGAGCGACAAGAUCUUCGACUUGAGGAUGACCACUGCGAUCACUGUCCCGCUGACACCGAUGCCAAGUCCAGCGGCGCCUGCGUUGUGGGACGAUUGGGACAUGUAACGAUACCGAUUGAUUGUACUGUUAAUGUAUCGAUAAUGUAUGCGCUGGCUGCCAGAAUAUGUACCACCUUUCAAUGUCGUUUA